AAUUCCUGAAAUUCCUGCCCUCCUCUCGCUUCAAACAAGCGGCUUCAGGAAGGAGACGAAGCAGCAGAAAACAAACAAAGGAGAGGAAAAGAAAAAAAAAACACAAACAAACAAAAGAAGAAACAAUUAAUUUAGUUAUUUUUUUAAUUAAGUGAGAGGGAGAGGGAAAAUACAUGCUUCACCUGCCUCCCUGAAUGCGCCUGCCGGAGUUGUAACAGUUUCAAUAGAUCCAGACUUGUCAUUGUCACCAUCUUCAUCCCAUCUCUGGAAGUCAUACAGACAGUCGGGCAUUUUGUUGAAGCCUAUCUCCCCUUCCAUUGCCAGCAGUUGUCCCGACUCCAACUCUACACCCACUCCUUGCUCUGUGGUCCUCUUUCUGACAUCCCACCACGUCUGCGGAGUGGGCACCGGCUCCCUCCCCAAGGGGUGGGACUGAGGAGCUGGGAGAUGGACUUGACAAACCCCUGGAGAAUGAUGCAGAGGGUGUGUGGAGCCCCGACAUUGAGCAGAGCUUCCAGGAAGCCCUGGCAAUCUACCCACCAUGUGGCCGUAGGAAGAUCAUCCUCUCUGAUGAGGGCAAGAUGUACGGACGGAAUGAGUUGAUAGCAAGGUACAUCAAACUUCGCACCGGGAAGACACGGACCAGGAAGCAGGUAUCCAGUCACAUCCAGGUUCUUGCCCGACGAAAGGCCAGGGAGAUCCAGGUGAAGCUCAAGGUACGCUACGAUCAGGCUGCCAAAGACAAGGCCCUCCAGAGCAUGGCCACCAUGUCCUCUGCUCAGAUCAUCUCCCCCACAGCCUUCCAGAACAAGAUGGCUCUUCAGGGUCUCUCGAGAGCAGCUUACCCUACUGCUGCUGGAUUCUGGCAUGGGACAAUUCCAUCUCAGACGGGAGGCCAUGAGGACAUUAAGCCCUUCUCCCAACAGAGUUAUGCCAUGCAAGCGUCAGGCCCGACCCCGAUAACAGGUUAUGAAGGCACAGCAGGGCUGUCCAUGUCUCCCAGCGCUCCCCCUUGGCAGGGCAGAAGUAUUGCCAGCUCCAAGCUGCGAAUGCUGGAGUUCUCCGCCUUCCUGGAGCAACCUCAGGACUCAGAGACUUUCAACAAGCACCUGUUCGUGCACAUCGGCCAGUCCAACCCGAGCUACAGCGACCCCUAUCUGGAGUCAGUGGACAUCAGGCAGAUCUAUGACAAGUUCCCGGAGAAAAAAGGGGGCCUGAAAGAGCUGUUCGACAAAGGGCCACACAACGCUUUCUUUCUCGUCAAAUUCUGGGCGGACCUCAGUGUAAACCUACAGGAUGACAGCAGCUUCUUCUACGGUGUGUCCAGCCAGUACGAGAGCUCUGAGAACAUGAUUAUCACCUCAUCCACCAAGGUCUGCUCUUUCGGCAAACAGGUGGUGGAGAAAGUGGAGACGGAGUAUGCACGCUUUGAGAAUGGUCGAUAUGUGUUUCGGAUCCACCGAUCCCCGCUGUGUGAAUACAUGAUCAAUUUCAUCCACAAGCUCAAACACCUCCCGGAGAAAUAUAUGAUGAACAGCGUGCUGGAAAACUUCACUAUCCUACAGGUCGUGACAAACCGGGACACACUGGAGACCUUGCUGUGCAUAGCUUACGUCUUUGAAGUAUCUACCAGCGAGCAUGGCGCACAGCAUCACAUUUACAGGCUAGUCAAAGACUGACACAGUCGCACUGUUGGAACCUGACACCUCUUAGACCCUGUUGUAGCGAGAGUUAAGCGACAACAACACACCAUACAAAAGACUACAGAUGCUGCAGAACUUAAAGCUGGAAUCUGACAAGUCGGUUAGGAACUCGGAGAAACACUGGCUGCAUCAGUGUGCGCAAGAACACUACUACUGGUGAAGAAGAUGAACUGUGGAAGCUGAAAGACUGUGGAAAAGUGUGGUCUCUACACUAAAAGGAGCCAAACGCGGCCAACGGAAGCUGCAUGAGAGAGUUGUUAUUGGUCUUGAUGUCUAACUAGAGCUUGUUUUAAAUGUAGAUUCUUUUACAGACAUGCAUGUGCAGGGGUGUUGAGUUGGACUGCCUCAUGGUGCCAUCUAGUGACUUGAAUUAAUAUUACAGUGAGAAAAGAAGAUUCAAGAUCCUCUCUUUUGCACAUCUACUGUUCAUAACCAAUGGCAGCAAUAUUUUGUGCCAUCACAGUAUUUCAGUGAUCAUGUACAGAAUCACAUUCAUCUCUUCUUAACAAAGUUAGGAUGAGCAGCUGAACUUAUUUCAGGAACCUGUUGUAUUCACUUUGUUUGGCGUUGAUUGUUGAAUCCGUCUUGUAUUGUCUUCUUGUUUUUGAUUGACAACAGUCUGACUCCAACUGAAGGCAUACAGUAACACUACUGACCUGAAGCAAAUGGGAUCUGUAAGCUGAAGUCGUCUGCAUAUGUAAGCUGGCUUGUGUCGGAUAGAAAAACACGUGUUUCACACACAACGUCUUCUGUUGGUGGGUUUUUGUAGUGUGGUAUGCAUCCAAUGACAUAUAAUAAAUUAAACGUAGGAUUUGUCCCUAUAAACUUACAAUUUACUGAGUACAUGUGGGAGCAAAGCUUUAUAUAUUGUGCUUUGCAAAAGUAUCCUUUUGAUCUUUUUCCACAUGUCACGUUAUAACCACAUACCUCAGUGUAUUUUGUUGGGAUUUCAUUAGAUAGACCAAUACUAAGAAGGGCAUAAUUGCAAAGUGGAAGUAAAAGGAUACAUAGGUUCAACACUUUUUACAAAUAAAUAUGUAAACUGUG